AUGCCGCCCCUCAUCGCGAAGACACCACUCAUCCGCGCGAAGGCGCUGCCGAUCUUCAUCGCGAAGGUGCUGCCGCUCCCCGUUGCGAUGGCGCUGCCGCUCAUCGUGAAGACGGUGCCGCUCCUCGUCGCGAAGGUGCUGCCGCUCCUCAUCGUGAAGGUGGCGCCCCUCAUUGUGAAGGUGCCGCUCAUCGUGAAGGUGCCGCUCCUCGACAUGACGUCGCCGCCCCUCGCCGCGAGGGUGCUGCCGCCCAUCGACAUGUCGGCGCUGCCGCUCCUCAUCGCGUUGGUUCUACCGCUCCCCAUCGCGAAGGUGCUGCCACUCUUCAUCGCGAAGGUGCUGCCGCUCCUCUUCGCGAAGUUCAGCAUAUGA